UGUGUUAGUGCGGGUUGUCGCAGGUCCAGGGACAGCAGAGGCGGGAGGGACAAGUCGUAGAUUUUUUUUAAUUAAAAAUGAAGUACAUUCUGGUCACUGGUGGUGUAAUUAGCGGUGUUGGCAAAGGUGUAAUAGCUAGUUCAUUUGGUACAAUUCUUAAAUGUUGCAACAUUCCAGUUACUUCGAUUAAAAUUGAUCCAUAUAUUAAUAUCGAUGCGGGUACAUUUUCUCCAUACGAACACGGUGAAGUUUAUGUUUUGGACGACGGUGGAGAAGUUGACCUAGACUUGGGAAACUACGAGAGGUUUCUGGAUGUUACACUUCACAGAGACAAUAACAUUACCACAGGAAAAAUAUAUCAGCAUGUGAUUAACAAGGAACGACGGGGAGAUUAUCUAGGGAAAACUGUACAAGUUGUGCCACACAUCACAGAUGCAAUUCAAGAAUGGGUUGAAAGAGUUGCACACCAGUCAGUCAGUGAUGAUGGAACUGUACCACAGGUGUGUAUUGUUGAGCUUGGUGGCACAAUUGGUGAUAUUGAGGGUAUGCCGUUUGUUGAAGCUUUCCGCCAGUUCCAGUUCAGAGUCAAAAAAGAGAACUUCUGCUGUGCACAUGUGUCCCUGGUGCCUCAACCCCGCUCAACUGGAGAACCGAAGACAAAGCCAACACAGUCAAGUGUCAGAGAACUUAGAGGACUUGGGUUGUCACCUGACCUGAUUGUCUGCCGCAGUGAGAAUCCCAUAGGGCAGGCUGUCAAAGAGAAGAUAUCAAACUUCUGCCAUGUGGCACCUGAACAGGUUAUAUGCAUCCAUGAUUUGAGUUCCAUCUAUCGUGUACCAUUGUUAAUGGAAUCACAGGGCAUUGUAGAAUUCUUCAGCGACAGGCUUCAGUUGAAUAUACCAGUACCAAGGCCCCGACGCUUUAUGCAAAAGUGGAAGAAUCUUGCCGAAAGGGUAGACACACUCCGUAAAGAUGUGACAAUUGCUCUUGUUGGCAAAUACACGAAGUUGGAGGACUCUUAUGCAUCAGUAACUAAGGCCCUACAGCAUGCAGCUGUUUGUGCUGGAUAUCAUCUCAGAGUGAAAUACAUUGAAGCAGCAAAUUUAGAAGAAGCUACUAAAGCCAGUGAGCCAGUGAAGUAUCAUGAAUCUUGGCACCAAUUGUGUGAGAGCGAUGGUGUGAUAGUGCCUGGAGGUUUUGGCAAACGUGGAAUGGAAGGCAAGAUUGCAGCGUGUAAGUGGUGUCGUGAAAGUGCAAAACCUUUCCUUGGCAUCUGCUUGGGCCUGCAGGCAGCAGUCAUUGAAUUUGCAAGGCACAAUCUCCAACUUCAGGAAGCUAAUUCCACCGAAAUCGAUCCAGAGACUCCUCAUCCUGUUGUGAUUGAUAUGCCAGAACACAAUACUGGACAAAUGGGAGGAACAAUGAGGCUUGGGAAACGUAUUACUGUCCUUGCACAAACCAAUUCAGUUAUCAGGCAACUGUAUGGCAAGAAAGAUCACAUUCAAGAAAGACACAGGCAUCGAUAUGAAGUAAACCCUAAGUAUGUUGCUGACUUAGAGUCUGCUGGAAUGAAGUUUGUGGGUCACGAUGAGGAGAAAGUUCGAAUGGAAGUUUUAGAGUUGGAAGGGCACCCAUAUUACGUUGCAACACAAUAUCACCCUGAAUAUAUCUCCCGGCCACUUACACCUUCACCACCAUUCCUUGGUCUUAUAUUAGCAUCCGUCAGCCGCCUCCAAGCCUACUUAGCUCGUGGGUGUCGCCUCUCUCCGCAGCAGCUAUCUGAUGAAUCAGAUGAGGAAACUGAAAUAUUAUUAGAAGAAAGCCUUGUCCUUAAUGGCCCAGUUGAAAACAAUGUACCACCAAGUAGUUAGUGAAAUUAAUUGGUUUUUUAUAUUUUAUUUGUCUAGAAAUGUCUAAGACGAAGGAAAUAUUUCCUUGAAGAUCUGUAAUUUCAACAUAGAGCAGUAUUAUUUUUCGUAUUUCAUAUUUUGAAAUAUUUUUCAGAUAAAGGUAAUAUUGAAAGUGAAGGUACUUAGGACAAGGAAACUGAAAAAAAUUGUAAGCAGUAAGAAAUUUGUAAAAAUUCUGUUCCCAUCAGUAACUGUAUCAGUUAGUGAAUUGAAGGAAUUCUUUGUAUUUCUUGCAUUCUCAGAAGCAAAGUUCUCUUCUGAAUGUAGCAGAGGGAGGGUGGUGACAGUGAGAAUGUAAAUUGAAGGUCAGUGGUUAGAGUUCUCACCAACAUUAUUUAUCAAUCAUUCAUAAUAAUUUUUAUGACGUCACUGUGAUAUAGUUGCAGGAUAGUUUUCCCAAAUAUUAAAUCAUUCUCCUACUGACCCUCCCCAACAUACGCACUCCUUUUCUGCGCUUUUUAUUGUUCCAGCUUUUUAUGGAACAUUAUUUUCUCACUUUUUAUAGUAAGUGAUACUCUUCAGUGGGGGUUGUGCUUAUUGAAAGUCUUAGUGACAUUAUUGUACUUUUGUAUUGAUGCAUACAUAGGUUUCUUAUAAAAUGAAGUAUUUAAUUGAAAAUAUGGUUCUUGGUGCAGUAGUGGAGCAUUAAUUCUGAAAUAUUUCUCAUUUUAUUAGCAAAAUCAAACAAUGGAAACUCCAGGUUGAAAUAUCAACAAUAUUAGAAAAAUGAUUGAUUGCUACUCACUGUAAAGAAGACACAUUGAGUUGCAGACAUGCAAAAUGAAAAUACUGUAUCACAUUUAACUUUUGGCCAAUGCCUUCUUCAGAAAUGAAAACUUGCAUACAUUCACACAAGCAAACACACAUCACACACACAACUUCUAUCUCCAGCAGCUUCGGAAUGUCUGUCUGCAACUCAACAUGUCAUCUUUACGAUGAUUAGCAAUCUAUCCUUUUCCUACUAGUGUUGUCCGCAGAUCGUGGUCUAGUGACUAACAUUGCCGCCUCUGGAUCACGGGGUCCUGGGUUCGAUUCCCAGCUGGGUUGAGGAUUUUCUCCACCCGGGCACUUGGUGUUUGUGUUGUCAUCAUCAUUUCAUCCUCAUCAUCAUUUGUGACAGUAGCUUGAUUGGAUUGUGUAAAAAAAGUGGACUAUGUAAAAAUUGGGACUUCGUAUGGGUGCUGAUGACCGCGAAGUUUAGUGCACCCCCCCCCCCCCCCCCCCAACCCAUCAUCAUCAUUGUACUAGUGUUCAUUUUGUUAUUGCUUUGUCAAGAUUUAGUGUCACUUGUCAGAGGUAAUAUUCUGCUAGCUGGGCAAUGGUUUGAAGUACCAUACGCAUUAUCGUGUGAAAUAUGUGUAAGAAGGCUGCAUAGGUACACAAAACAUUGGACCAAGUGGGAGUGAUAUCAUAUGCAAGUAUAGCACAAACUGGGAAUUAGCUUGAACUUCUUGUUAGAAAACAGAACUAAUACCCAACAUUCUUUUGUUUUUUGCCUGCAUUAUUUGGUUUUCAUCUCUUUGUAAUAAUUGUUCUUGCCCACUUGGAAAGUUCAUGUAUACCUUUAUCAGUUUUGACUAUGUGCCAUUUAUGUUAUUUUAAAUAAAUGAUAAUGAAAUAUUUGUUAGAAAUUAUAACUUAGUUGGAGUAGAAGGGAAGCGAUGUGGUAAAUGUAUAUUUUCUGCUGUGAAACAAGUUGUUGUGUGUGUUAAUGUGAAUGUAAAAUUAUUUGGUCUGUGUAAAGUAACAAAAAUGCACAAAAGUUCAUACUGAAAUCAUCCUUUUAGUGAUCUUAUUUUGUACAAUGCCUGUAUUUACUUUAUAAUAAUAAUUAGAAAUGACAGUUGCUUGUGAGAGUCAAGUUGUGUGUCACAUGAGCUGUAGGAAGAGAAAAAUAAUGGCCAGCUGAUAAUACAGAUGAUGAAAGUUAUGUGGCAGAAGACAUGGAUAAGUAUGCAGUUACUCAUUGCUCUCAAUUUUAAGCAAGUAAUUGGGUUGGAGCUGUGCACUGUGUUGCUAAAAAUUCUUAGACGACUGGAAUUCCACGUAUUCUGUGUCUAGAUAUGUAUUGUAUAGUCUUAUAGAAUUUGAUUUGUCUGAACUUUGUAUAUUUGUUUGCCAUAAUUUUCAUAACUUUUUAUGGUUGUUUUGAGACAGUACUGGGUUUGUAAACACAAAUUUUAGCAUGGAAGGUGGUACGUAGAUAUCAUGGAUCAUUGUUACAAUUAUCAUUGUUACAAAUACAACAUAAAAUUAUUCUUUUAUGUACCAAUUAGGAUAUCAUGUAAAAAAAUUUAGUGGUGUGAAACUGUUUGAUUCUCUGUACCAUGAAGUACAGAAUGAAUCAUGGUCUUCAGUGAGAGCCCAAAUUGCUGCAAAUUUAUUUUGAUGGAAUUUUUCCUCAUGUGCACUAUGCAUUAUCAUACCACUUGGUGUUACUGGUGUUAAUGUAGAUUUGCCAUCAAUGAAGACCCUGUUUUCUUCUUUCAUCACACUCCAUUUGUAAUUUCUUGCAGUCACCACUUUUUCCUUUUUUCCCUCAGAUGCACAACCACACUGCACCCCUUUGCUGCAAAUUUGGUUUGAUACAUUCAUUACACAUGGUCAGUUUUUUUCUGUUAGGUUUCUUUUGAAUAAGGUCACAAUUUUUCUCCUAAAUAUCUAAGAAGACAUUCUUCAGAAGACAUUCUCAUUGUGGUCAAAAUAGACCUUACAUAAUUUUCUGCAGUUUGCUUUUACUCAUUGUCUUUGUACCACACUGCGUAGGUUGUGUGUAUGGUAUCUACUUAUUUGUGCAAUUAAUAGUAAAAAUUUGGAUUAUAUUUGAUCCAUAAAGCAAGAUUUUCUGUGUUUUUAAACAGAUUAUAAGAAAAUUCCAUGUCAGAAAGUAAAGUUCUGCAUCUUUUGGUUUGCAGAUACUGUUCCUGAAAGUGAAUUAUGUAGUAAAACAUACACAUUGUGAAUUCUGUGAUUGUAAGUCACUGGCAUUACAAUAAUCCACUCCUUUAAUCAUAUGGAUGUACCUCAGCACAAAAUAUUUUGCUGUGCAUAAAACAGCAAAAGAGAGAGCGUGAAAUUAAAUUCUAAUAAAAUAAUUAAUCUGUGACAAAAUGUGUACAUGUUCCAGUGCACAAACUUUGAUACAUUACCAAAGGAUUUAGCCAGAUCCUUGUAUGUCCACAAUGUGUCUAUGUUUUAGUGUGAGUGAUCAUUAAACAAAGGACUGUAUUGAAUAAAGAAUAUUUAAUGAAUAAAAUAUACUUCCUACAUUUAAGAUGUCUGGACUAUUGUGUUAAAAUAUGAAAUAGCCAUUUGUGCAUGAAAUGUUACUACUUUUCCAUUUGUGGGUCAAUUCUUUCCAUUCCAUGUACAGAAGCAACUUGAAAUAAAACAAUUUUAUUAUAAAUCUUA